AUGCGGCCAUGCAAAUUCCUCAAGUCUUUCAAAUUCGACGAUGAGAAGAGAAAGAAACUCAGGAAGCGAUAUAAAUGGAACAUUUGCAUCGAUUUCUUCUUCACAAGUGAAUCGACUGACUACGCAAAGCUUCGUUUCAUCGUCAACCUUUUCAUCGGCUUUUUCCUUUCAAUUGGUUCAUAUUAUCUCGUCUGGAAAAAUAUCAACUUUGCCAUCGAAUAUCACAAAGUGUCGUCAAUCAUUCUAAAAUGGAUUGUAAUCAUCGGAAACACGCUAGCUUUUGCCUACAGCAAGUCGUAUCGUUGUGGACUAUGGAUCUUUGUCCUAGGCGUUUUUGGCACAAGUGGACAAACCCUAUUGAGCAUCUUUGUGUUCGACAAUGUUCGCGCUGGUCCAAUCGACAACAUCAUCACGAAUUUCAAGAUUGCCACCGACAAUGUGGUUUGCGGAGUGAAAAUCUCGACGGAGUUGGCGUCUGCACGAAGGAAGACACUGAUUGGACCUAUGCGUGAGACGCUGAAAGACACGCUGACCAAAAUUCUCGAGUUGAAGGGAGAUUUUUCGUUCGUUGAUCAGAAAGAAGUAAAAGAAAGUGAUGAUGAAAAGUUGGAUCGAAUGAUUGAUCAAUCGGCUUUGGAUUUGGCACAACGAACAAACAUGUUAAAUGAGGAUAAUCGAACGGUCACUUUUCGCAAGCCAUUUUACACGAAAUUCAAGGAAAAGUUUGUACGUGAUAUGGGCAAAAAGAUGGAGCAGCAAUGUACGCAAAUUUUCGAUAAAGGGAGUCUCAUCUGUUCACAAGCUUUUGCUGCAUUAAAAGAACAAUGUCAACAACAAGCGCCGUUCUUGUUGAGCACUUUGAUUUGCAAGCCGCUUGACGCUUUGGAUAUUUGUGAGGAUGAUAAACGAAAAGAACAAGGCUACGACGUAUGCAAUAGUGUGCUAGGAAAAAAUUCGCCACAAGAUUUUGAACAAGAAAGCAUCGAUAUGCGUAGCAUUUCAAAGCAAAUUGCUGAAGAAAUGGAGACAAAGAUUCGAGUGGUAAGUGUGGAGGCACCGAGAGUUGCAUCAGCUCUUCACAUAAAAACCCUGGAAGCAAGAAUUCUUCAUCUGAUGCGAUUAGCAAAGGAAGUUGUCAAAUCUUUGCAAAGUGUUCUCGCCGCCCUUCUCGUUUUGGUCAUAUAUCUCGAUUUUGACAAAGCUUUCAAGAUGUCUGAUGCGUACACGAAUGAUUUGGGCUUCGAAAAUCGGAGUAUUACCUCUGCUUUCGGUAAAAUCGAUCAUGAGAGGGAAACAAGAAAUCAAAAGACUCUUCCAUUUAUUGGAAAGUUAUCGAGCUUGGAGAAGCGGCAGUUAAGGAUUACCAGCCAAUAUUUCAGGUUUCCAAAAUGGAAAGAAUUAAAACAAUUCUGGUUGCCCGUUUCGAAAUUUGUGACUCUUUGUGUGGUGAUAGUUGACGGGGUCCCGAAAGGCGUCAAAAGCAUGCAACUACCGACACUUCAUUUAAACGUGACGGGCGUGGGGAUCUUCCCGAAAAUGCUGCGGAAACUCUUCCAGCUUAAAAACGAAACUGUUCAACCGAUUUUCGUUUUGGAUGAUUGCUUGUUAAAGCCAUCUCUACCCGAUUAUGACAUUUAUGUGGGUACGAUUUUUCUUCCAUUGCUUUUCAUGUUCUUUUCCCAGAUUUUGCUUGCAUUUUUGCCAAAACGAGUGAUCUUAUUCUGCUUCUUGCCCUAUAUGUUUCCCCGAAAAGCCCGUGCUCGUGUGAUUUGGCUCUACAACUUGUGUUUGAAACAUCGUUUGAUUGCUCGUGAAGAGGCUCGUCGACGCAUUGCUUUCUUCGUCAAAUGGCGAAAAGAACGAAAAGAAGAGAAAGAUGAGGAAGAUGAGGACGAUGAUGAUUUGUACUUCUGUUUCGCGAAAAACUCAUUGAUACGCCGCGUGAUCGUCGACAAUUUGUACAGGCCAUUUGAGUGUUUCUUAUGUCAAACAUAUCUUCGCGCGUGGCAAACACACAAAUGUGAACAAUGCCCUGCCACAUAUUGCAAAUUGUGUUGGACAGAGCUGACGGAGAAAUGCUACGCUUGUCAGGUGGAACACCAAGAAGCUGCGAUCGACCCG